GGGAAGACCAAUAGCUGUUCAGAUACAAUGUGAGUUUGAAUUUGAAAAAGUUUCAGCGAGUGGUCGAUGUCACCUUAAAAUUACGAGACCGCCAUGAAGUUUAAUAAGAACAAGGUGGGACCGCUUUUGACAUGGAUGAACAGCUUGUUUCCAGAGAAUCAAAUCUGGGAGUUUGUUCAUAUGAGAGACGGCUUUCGACUCCUGCAGAUCUGCUUCAAACUAAAGGGGAGGGAGGACAUUGAGGCUUAUAAGACUUUGUCCUUAUACAACAAACUGGAAAUCAUCUUCGAUGUUUUGCAUGAUGACUUUCACCUGACUGAUAGACAACGUUUCCUCAUUUUGGGCAAAAUAAAUGACGGAAUUGACCUGGAGCUUCAACUUGCCAAGGUGGCUCUUCUUCUUUGCUAUUGCAGUUUUAAAAAGGCUAAAACUGUGGCCCUGAAUUCAAGAACAGAGUCGAACAUCACUGUCAUGUUUCGUUUUGUAAAAGAUGAGGCCAGUGGUUUGUGUUUAGACGAAGGCCUUGAUCAAUUUCUAGACCAAGACUCUGUUAUAAAUCUUGCGAACUCCAGUAGUGGGAGCAGCUGCAGUUCUCCAUUCUACAUCGAUGAGGAGUCUCCGAUGUUUGGUCGUUUCCAGCGUCCUCCCAGAGUUCAGUUUCAAGAGCUUUGCACUGUGGCUUCCAGCUCAGACAGCUCUCCGAUGCAGGAUUUGAUGAGCACGCCGCAUUUCCAGUUGAAGAAACUCCGGAAAGAACUGGCGCAUGAAGGAGACGUGAGAGAUGAGCUGGAGAAAGAGCUGGCCGAUCACAUCAGCAUCAUCUCAGAGAAAGAGGGUCUGAUCUCUCAGUUACAGCACCGGGUGGAGCGAAUGCUGCGGGAACAAGGAGAGCUGGAGAAAGACCAUAAAGCUGCACUGCUGGAGCUCCAGGAGAAGAACGAGAGUCUUCUCCACAGAGUUCAUGAGGUUUUAAAGCAGUGUCAAGACUUGAAAACAGACAAUUCUCAAAAAGAGAAAAAGAUUGAUGAGCUGACAGAAGAGAACGGGACUCUCAGUGCUCAGGUUCGUAAUGUUUUCUCUCAGCUGGCGAGAGCAGAGGAGGAAGUCUCCAAACUCACAGUGGCUCAUGAAUCUGCACAGACGGAGUGGAGAAACAGAAAAGAGUUGCUGGAGAAGGAGCUGAACGAGGCCGUCACACACAAGGAGUGUCUGAGUGAGCAGGUGCUGAUACUGCAGGGGAAGAUCUCCGUUCUGGAGGAUGAACUGAAGAAAGCUCAGUCUCAGGAGAGAGGAGAGGUGCUGGGGCCCAUCAUGGAGUGGGAAAAGCAACAAGAGUUGGCCAUUCUUACUCUUCAACUCGCUCAGCUUCAGGAAACCAUUUCCCAUCUCGAGAAGAAAAAGGCAGAAGUUGAGGCCUUGUUGGCUGAGGAGAGAUGCUCUUUUGAAAAAGAAACCGCAAGACUCCAGAUGGUGGUUUUCGAUCUGGAAAAGUCCAUCAACAGCAUCCGUUUGGAAAGAGAAACAAUUCAAGAGGCAUUCAAAACUCAGAAAGAGAUGCUCACUGCUCAGAUAUCAGCUCUGGAGAGGGACGUUUCACGUCUGCAACAGGUUGAAGUGCAGCUGACAGCAGAGAUCAAAAUUUCUGCAGAUCUUCGCCAGCAGAGAGAGGAGCUGGAGGGUAAGGUAGCAUCUUUAGAUAAGAUGGUUCAUUCUCUGCAUGCUGAGAUCCAGGGGCUGGAAGUGGAGAGAGCUUCUCAACAGGAUGCACUUAAUUCCCUCAUUAGUGAUUUACAAACUGCCAAUGCUACUGUUCAGGAAUAUGAGAAGAAGCUGGAAGAGCAACAAAAAGUGGUAGCAGAAAACAAUUCCCUGAAAAAUGAAGCAUGCACGUUGCAGCAGGAGCUUAAUAAUCAUCUGAAGGCACUUGGAGAGCUUCAGGGGGAAGUAAAUGAACUCAGAUUUGAGAAAACUGAGGAAGAGAACAAGGUUAGUGAGGCUUUGGUUAAAAUCGAAAGCCUCCAAACUGAGAUUCUGCAUCUGUCUGAAAAGAUUUCUCUUAAAGAUGAAGAAAUCAGAAAUCUGAGGAACGAGUAUGAGUCUGUAGAUAACAAGCUGAAGCUUGUUAAGGAGCAAAAUGUUGAAAUAAAUGCAAUGAUCAAAUCUAAUCGCAAGGAGCAUGAGGAAACCGUUGAGAAACUCCAGCAGGAGCUUCAUUGUGCUGCUUCUGCUGCAUCAGAAAAGCAAGAGCAAAUGCUGGUUUUAUCAGCAGAGGUAACAUCUCUGAAAGAGCAGAUCUGCAGAUACAGUGAAAAUGAGGCACAGAAACAACAGGAAUUGUCUGUUUUAGAAGCACAGCACAAUGUGUUAAAGGAAAACCUGACUUCUCUACAAAACCAAUUGGCUGAGGUGACAACUUCAGCUUCACAGAAGGAAUCAGAGUUUAUUUUGCUUCAACAGGAGCUUUGCCAUCAAGAAACGCUAAGAGAACAAACUAAGGAGCUCGAGACAAUCAAACGUGAGGAGCUUGAGAGGACCGUGAGUGAACUUCAGGCCAAAAUUGUUGAGGUGUCCUCUAUUGUCUCAGAAAAGGAAGCUUGUGUGAGCUCCCUUCAAGAUGAGAUGAAAGAUCAGCUAUCAAAAGCCAAACAGUGUGAAGAUGAUCUACGCAAUAAGAUGGAGGAAAAGGUUGGAAAUCUGCAGGAACUUCUAGACACUGCUAAUCAUUGCAUUUCUGAAAAAGACCAUCACGUGGAGUUAUUGAAUCAAAAUCUGAAGCAGAUGGAGCUGCUGUGCCAACAAAAGGAGGAAGAAAUCAUUGCGUGUCAACGAGCAAAGGAGCAACUGGAGAAUAAUAUUGCUGAGCAGAAACAACAACUAGAUGAGAUUCAGCAAAAUCGAGAAAUGCUGUGGAACGAAAGAGACCGUCUGUCUACUCAAGUAUCAUCUCUUCAAGAGGAAAUCCACCGUUCCCAACAGGAAUUCUCUGUUUUACAGACUAAUCACAAUGUUUUAAAGGAAAAACUGGUUAAUCUUCAGGAUCAACUAGAGCAGGCAACGAUCUCGACUUCCCAGAAGGAAUCAGAGCUCCUCUUGCUUCAACAGAAGCUGUCCCAUCAAGAGACCCUGAGAGAAAAGGUUCUGGAGCUUGAGGCCAUCAAGCAUGAAGAGUUUGAGAAAAAAGUGAAUGAACUAGAGGACAAGAUUCUAGAGGUGUCAACUCUUGCCUCUCAAAGGGAAGCCCAGGUCAUUUCUCUUGAAAAUGUUAUGAGGGAUCAAAAGUUGAGUGCCAACCAAUCUGAAGAUGAUCUCCGCAGGGAGUGGCAAGAGAAGGUUGGCAUCUUACAAGGAGAAUUGGAUGCGGUCAGUCGAGGCGCUGCAGACAAAGACCAUCAACUAGGAUCUUUAGAUCAAAAGCUGAAGGAGAUGGAAAUGGUUGUCCUUCAAAAGGAGAAAGAUGUAAUGGAGAUGCAUCAGGCAAAGGAGGACCUGGAGAAGAGGAUUGUUGAGCUUGCGGAGUGCCAGCAGCAUUUAGAGAUUAUGAGGAAUGAAAGAGAUCAGCUAUCAACUGAAGUAACGUCUCUAAAAGAGGAGAUUCAUGGCUACCAGGAUACUCAAAUACAGAAACAACUGACAAUUUCUGUUUUGGAAGUUGAACACAAUGCAUUAAAGGAGAACAUGGCUGCCCUUGAGAAACAGUUAGCACAGGAGAGGACUACAGCUUCACAGAAAAAUUCAGAGCUUCAAAACAAGCUUCAUCAACAAGAGAACCUUCACGAAAAGACUCAGGAACUUGAGGCAGCAAAGCUUGAGGAACUUGAGAGAACAGUAAGUGAACUUCAAGCUAAAAUCCAAGAGGUGUCCAUGCUUGCUUCUGAGAAGGAGGCUGUUGCUCAUUCUCUUCAGGAGGAGUUGAUGGGUCAUUUGAAGGCUAAAGAGUCUGAAGAUGAUCUCCGUAGGGUCCUGGAGGAAAAAGUGAAAACUUUACAGAAAGAAAUAGAAACUGCUAGUUGUGAUGCUACAGACAAAGACAGUCUUUUGCAGACUUUGGAUCAGAAGCUGAGGCAGAUGGAGAUGCUGUGCCAACAAAAGGACAAAGCAGUCCUUGAAAUCCAGAACUCAAAGGAAGACUUGCAGAAGGAGAUUGACGAGCUUGUUUCUGAGAAACAACAACUGGAGGGCUGCCUGCAGAAUUUGGAAAUGAUGAAAAAGGAAAAAGACCUCCUGUCAACUGAAGUAACUUCUCUGAAAGAGCAAAUAAACGAUCAGAAUUUGAGGGCAAAACAGUCUGAAGCUGAUCUUCGCAAAGUCUUUGAGGAGAAGAUUGAAACCCUUCAAGGACAACUGGAAUCUAGUAGUCGUGAUGUCUCGGACAAAGAGCAACUUCUACAAACUUUUGAUCAAAAGUAUACACAGAUGGAUCUGUUGUGCCAGCAAAAGGAGAAUGCAGUUCUUGAGAUGCAGAACUCAAAGGAAGACUUGCAGAAUAAGAUUCAUGAGCUUGUUUCUGAGAAACAACAAAUAGAGGGCUGCCUGCACAAUUUGGAAAUGGUGAAAAAUGAAAGGGACCUCCUGUCAACUGAAGUAACUUCUCUAAAAGAACAAAUAAAUUAUCAGGAUUUGGAAGCCAAACAGUCUGAAAAUGAUCUCCGUAAAGUGUUGGAGGAGAAGAUUGAAACCCUUCAAGGACAACUGGGAUCUGCAAGUCGUGACGUCUUGGACUUGCAGAACUCAAAGGAAGACUUGCAGAAGAAGAUUGAUGAGCUUUUUGCUGAGAAACAACAACUAGAGGGCUGCCUGCAGAAAUUGGAAAUGGUAAAAAACGAAAGAGACCUCCUGUCAAACGAAGUAACUUCUCUGAAAGAACAAAUAAAUUAUCAGGAUUUGAAGGCCAAACAGUCUGAAGAUGAUCUCCGCAAAGUGUUGGAGGAGAAGAUUGAAAACCUCCAGGGACAACUUGAAACUGCUAGUCGUGACGUCUCAGAAAAAGACCAGCUUCUGCAGACUUUGGAUCAGAAGGUUACACAGAUGGAUCUGUUGUGUCAGCAAAAGGAGAAAUACUCUCUUGAUAUGCUUCAGGUAAAGGAGGAUUUGGAGAAGAAGAUUGGUGAAAUUGUUGUUGAGAAACAACAACUGGAAGGAUGCCAGCAGAAUUUAGAUAUGGUGAGCAAGGACAAAGACAACCUUUUAAAUGAACUAACCUCUCUUAAAGUUGAAAUCCAAAAUUACCAGGAAAAAGAAGUGCAGAAGAAACAUGAGCUUUCUGUUUUAGAGAAUAAACAAAACAUUUUACAGGAGAACCUGGCUACUCUUCAGAAGCAAGUGAUGGAGUUGACAGCUUCAGUUUCUCAGAAGGAGUCUGAGCUUCAAAAUGAGGUUUGCAAACAAGAGAAACUUCAAGAAAAGGCUCAGAAACUUGAGAAGGAUGCAGGUGAUCUUCAGGCUAAAAUUCUAGAGGCUUCCACUCUUGCUUCAGAGAGGGAGGCACAAAUAAGUUCUCUUAAAGAUGAAAUAAACAAUCAGCAUUUGAAAGCUAAACAGUCUGAAGAUGAUCUCCUCAAAGUGUUUGAAGAGAAAAUUGAAAACCUUCAAGGACAGCUUGAAAUUGCUAGUCUUGACAUCUCGGACAAAGACCAGCUUCUGCAAACUUUGGAUCAGAAACUGAAACAGAUGGAGGAACUAUGCAAGCAAAAGGAGAAAGAUGUCCUUGAGAUGCAUCAGACAAAGGAGAAUCUGGAGAAGAAAAUUGUUGAGCUUCAUGCUGACAAAAAUCAACUCAACGGGUAUCAGCAGAAUUUGGAGAUGUUGAGGCAAGAAAAGGACCAUCUGAAAUCUCUAAACCAGACUAUUCGGAGAGAGUGUGAAGCAUCUCGGAAGAUUCGAGCUGAGCUGGAGUUGAAUGUUGAGGAACAAACUGCUUCCAUCCUUGCACUUAAAAAGGCUUCCCAACAGUGGGAGGAGCAGAAUCAGGAGCUCUUGGAGCAGCUGAAGGCAAAGACAGAAGCUGUAGAGCACUACAAAGCACAGGUGGAGAAGGCCAUGAAUCACUACAAUGGCAAAAAGCAGCUGCUGCUGGAGGCUCAGGAGCUGAACAAAACUCUUGAGCAGUCGUUAGAGGUCAGCAAGAGAGAAGCCAAAGCUCUGGAGACUGAACUAACACUGGCUCGCAUGGAGCUCAACCAGGCCAAUGAUAAAGAGAAGAGCCUUGCUGCUAAAGUGAAGACCUUGGAGGCUCAAGUGGAUUUUGCUAACAGGCAACUGCGAGAGAAGAGAAGGAUUACAGACGAUGCUGAGGAUUUGAGACACAAAGAAAAUCUGUACUUCAGAGUCCCAGAGAAGCAGCAAGACACCAGUGCAGACAGCCUGGAGUUUGAGCUGAAUGAUUCUCUCAACACUACCAGUCGUGCCACAGUACCGGGUGAGUCCAGCACUCCACUGGUCCGCAGUUCUGAGCGUUUAGCUGCUAAACGCCGUGCAUUGGGGGCUGAGUCUCUCGAGACACUAUAUUUCACGCCUAUGGGUAAACAAGGGUACAAACGAAAAGUGGAUCACAAUGAUGGAUUUGAACGCAAACUGGAGUCCAGCAUCACUUCUAUUGGUGAUCUCGUGGUUGACUCUGCAAAGAAAUUGACCGCUUCAGCUCGGCGGAGACGCACUACACAAGUUAUCAACAUCACCUUGGCUAAGAAGGCACAAGGAAGCUCUGAAGGCGAGGAGUCAUUUUCUAGCCUGCACUCGGCCCGUUCUCAUCCAAACUUGGCAGUCCACCAAUCACGCCCGAUCUCCAUUGACUUCUCAGAGGAUGGUCCUGCCACGACGUUAUCAAAAGCAGACACACUUCAAAAUCUGCCUGGAUAUCGCAGAAGUACAGUGCACAGCGUUGGUCCACCAAGAGCCACCAGUACGUUUUGUAUUGGAGCAGAGAAUGAACCGGAGCAUGCUGCCGAUGACUGGAUGCGCAUCGCUGAACUGCAGUCCCGAAACAAAGCCUGUCUGCCUCAUCUGAAGAGCAGCUAUCCUCUGGAGUCCAGGUUCACGCUCUCAUAUGUCAUCAAGUGGCUAGAAGCUCACAUUCACUGCACUAUCCUGAUUGGGAUGAUGAAUCGGAAGAUGGUGUCGGCUCAUCUUCCUCUGGCCUGGACACACAGUUCACAGCUGGAAGAUCAGAAAUUCAUGAGCGUCAUGGAGGAUCUGGCCAAGGGUUUCCAACCUCACUAA